UAAAUCCCAAACCGCUAAUUAGCCAACCAAAAAAUUAAACCAUGUAUCACCCUCAAGUUCCAGGCGAGCCCACCCAAACCACCACUUCCCUCGUCGAGACCGCCACCGGCGCCAUCCAAAGCUUCCGCCCUAUCAAACAAAUCCAUCAACACCUCUGCGCAUUUCAUUUCUAUGGCUACGACAUGACCCGUCAAGUGCAAGCGCACCAUUUCUGCGCACAUCAAAACGAAGAAAUGCGACAAUGUCUCAUAUACGACAACCCCGAAGCCGAUGCAAAGCUCAUCGGAUUGGAGUACAUCAUAUCGGAGAAUUUGUUUUUGACGUUGCCGGACGAAGAGAAGCCGCUUUGGCAUUCACAUUUGUACGAAGUGAAGAGUGGGGUGUUGUUUAUGCCGCGAGUUCCGGGGCCGAUCGAGAGGCAAGAUCUGGAAAAAGUUUGCAAGACUUAUGGGAAGACCAUCCAUUUUUGGCAAAUCGAUAAAGGUGAUAAUCUCCCUCUUGGGUUACCUCAAUUGAUGAUGACUCUCACUAGAGAUGGUCAGCUUGAUGAUGAACUUGCUCGAGCUGUAGAGAAGCGAUUUGGGGUAUCAUUUGAGAAAGAAAGGGCGAAGCGAGCUGACAUGGCGGGUCCGACACAUGGCAUUCAUCCAUUGGCCAAUGGUGGUGGGAAAGGGCUGAUCACCAAACUCAGGGAGCUCCAUUGCAACCGUACUGAUCCUUCAUUUGCAUCAUCACAGCUUUAAUAUAGUAAUCUUUUUAGCAGUAAUGCACCUUUCGUUCUCUACAACAGUGACAAGCCAAGCACUACUGUAAUAAAACUACACAAUCUACUUUUGUAUCUUAUGUUAUAUAUGAUGCUUUUUUUUCAA